AAACGGCGGAGUUUAGGACCUGGAGGGGGCGCGGUACAAUAGUGCCGUUGUGCCGUGUUGGUGGACAGGCUGCUGCCAAAAGAUUCUCCCACUGUGGGAUUUGGACCCAAAAAGACCCAACAUUUAAAACCCAGUCCGGACCGGGAGCCCCUCCUUUAACGACCUUCUGUUAGCGCGGUCCACCUGAGCGCAUGUGGACCUGGAAAAAGCCAGCCGCACCGCGUGGAGCGAAGAUAAGAAACAAACUGGAACAGGAAGAAUCUACUAGCAUGCUUUUCAAUUUGAAAUUUAUGGAUGUUACAGGAUGAAACGUCUCAGGUCGUCCAGCACCAGCGACAGUUCUGACAAUGAAAGUCCUUCAACUUCCUACUUCUCUUCUAACAAGUAUGAUAGCAAACCUGGAACCCCCGCCUCCAACCCAAAGAAACCGGCUGAAGUGUUCAGAAAAGACCUGAUCAGUGCCAUGAAGCUGCCCGACUCCCACCACAUCUCCCCGGAGGAGUUCUACCUGCUGGCAGACGCCUGGAAGCAGAAGUGGGAGAAAGGAGUUCAGGUGCCAGCGAGUCCAGACACCAUCCCAGAACCUUCAGUCAGGGUGAUUGCAGAGAAGUCCAAAGAAUUGCUUUACAGCCACCAGAGGAAGAACAUCCAGUGUUCGGGUCAGGAAUCUACAGAACCGGGUUAUGUGAACAUCAGGGAGCUGGCAGAGGCUAUGUGUCCGUAUGAUCUGGAUGACAUGGACCUUUACUGGCUGCAAGCGCUCAACCGGGAGCUCGUCCGCAUGGGGGAGGAACCCAUAGACGAGCUCACGAUGGAGCGAGCCAUGGAGGCUCUAGAGAAGCAUUGCCAUGACAACAUGAAGCACGCUAUCGAGACGGUGGAAGGCCUGGGGAUCGAGUACGACGAAGACGUCAUCUGCGACGUGUGCCGCUCCCCAGACAGCGAAGAGGGAAAUGAUAUGGUGUUUUGUGACAAGUGCAACAUCUGUGUACACCAGGCGUGCUACGGCAUAGUCAAAGUGCCCGUUGGGAACUGGCUGUGCAGGACGUGCGUCCUCGGCCUCCUCCCGCAGUGCCUAUUGUGUCCUCAGAAGGGCGGGGCAAUGAAGGCGACCCGAGCCGGCACCAAGUGGGCUCACGUGAGCUGUGCCCUAUGGAUACCAGAGGUGAGCAUUGCGUGUCCUGAGCGGAUGGAGCCCAUCACAAAAGUCUCCCACAUCCCACCCAGCCGCUGGUCCCUCAUCUGCAGUCUGUGUAAACUGAAGACGGGCGCCUGCAUCCAGUGCUCUGUGAAGAACUGCACCAUUCCCUUCCACGUGACCUGUGCCUUUGAGCACAGCUUGGAGAUGAAAACCAUCCUGGAUGAGGGCGAUGAGGUGAAGUUCAAGUCCUACUGCCUUAAGCACAGCAAGUCUAAGUCUGGGGAGGCUGGCCUGAGCCCAGCACGCUCCAAGCCCCCCGGAGAGGUGGGGAAGGUGGGCCAGCGGGCCCAGAGGCUGCAGGAGCUGGAGGAAGAAUUCUACACCCUGGUUCAGCUUCAGGAGGUGGCGCGGCUCCUCAGGCUCUCGGAGCGCAUUCUGGACUUCAUUUAUCAGUACUGGAAGCUCAAGAGGAAAUCCAACUUUAAUAAACCUCUGCUGCCCCCGAAAGAAGAGGAGAACGGGGUGCUGCAGCCUCACGAGGACAGCGUCCACACACGCAUGCGGAUGUUCAUGCACCUGCGGCAGGAUCUAGAGCGGGUGAGGAAUCUGUGCUACAUGGUGAGUCGGCGAGAGAAGCUGAAGCUGAAGCAGAGCAAAGAUCAGGAGCAGAUGUUCAACCUGCAUGUGAAGCUCAUGGACCUGGAACUGUCAGCUG